GUGACUGAGAACGCGGCCAGGACACGAACGUCGACAACGUUAUCGCGUGCUGAUCGUGCGAUUGUCGCGAGGGUCGGAGGAUCUAAACGCGGCGGUCGUCGUCGUGUUCGCAAUCCCGUCUGCAGCAGUGUGUGCGUGCGUGUGUUGCGUGUGCGCACCGGAGAGGAAAACAUUAAAAACAAAUGCACAAACCGGACGAACAAUAAUCGUUCUCAUUACUUGUCCGUUAUCAAUCGUCACGCCGAAACCGCGUUACCGCGCACGUAACAAUAACAACAAUAACACUGCACUCGCGGAAUCGUUUAUCAUCAUCGCACACGCGCGCUACGAACAGUGGCCAACACGGUCGUACCAGCGGCGGCAGUAGUAGUACUAUAGUAGUAGUUGUUUUCUCUCUCCUUCUCUUUCUCCCGUGUCGUUACCUGGCCGUCGUCGAGUUAUUGGGCAACAACGUUGCCGCGCCGAGGUUAGGUGUACCGCGCUACAAAUCCCGCCGCCGUCUUCACGCGAGUCUUCCGCUCGCCGUAUCCGAAUCGUGUCGUCCGGCGCGAAACGAGCUAGGGGCGAAGUUUCGACUUUUUUCCUUCUUAUUUUUUUUUUUUUUUUAUCUCGGCACAACAGACCGAAAACAAAACAAACCGGAAGAUUGGGAAAGCGCGCGCGCACACGCACACGGUCGCCGUACAUUACUCGCGUACGUUGUCGCGCGCACGCACACGCACAAGGGUACGCGAGCGCGCGCGCGUGCGUACACAGUCUCCGCCAGUCGCUCGCUCGCCGCUCGCGCGAAACAACACGAAGAAGACGUCAACAACGGUCAACGGUGUUCAUUGAUGGGAAGUGGUGGUCAUCAUCCCGGGCGUCCGGUAAUCAGCCAAACUGGAACUGAUGGAAUUAGAAAACAUUGUCGCCAACACCGUCUAUCUCAAAGCAAGAGAAGGUGGAACAGAUAGCAAUAAAGGAAAAAGUAAAAAAUGGAAAAAAAUACUACAAUUUCCACAUAUAUCUCAGUGUGUUGAUUUGAAUCCAUUAAUAGAUAUGAGAUACAGCUAUAUUAUAGAUCAACAACCAAUUGGCCGGUUACUAUUUCUUCAAUUUUGUGAAGAAGAAAGACAGGAAUUUCAUCGCUAUAACGUAUUUUUAAAUUCUAUUGAAAAAUAUGAAAUAGAAUCUGAUGAAAAUAGAUUAGAAUUAGCAAAAAUACUGUACGAUAGAUUUAUUAGAAGAGAAGCUGUUGAAGCAGUGGAUGUACUAAAUGAAGACAUGAUAGUUAGGUGUCGGCACCAGUUAGACUCUGCUAAUAGAGAGUUAUUUACUGAUUGCUCAACUGCCGUGAAAUCAUACUUAGCUGGUCAUCCGUUUAGUUUGUUUGAAUCUUCUAUGUAUUUCCAUAGAUUCUUACAGUGGAAAUGGUUGGAAAGGCAACCUGUGACAUACAAAACAUUCCGCAUGUAUAGAGUGCUUGGUAAGGGUGGUUUUGGAGAAGUUUGUGCAUGUCAAGUGAGAGCAACUGGUAAAAUGUAUGCAUGUAAGAAAUUGGAAAAAAAACGUAUUAAAAAGAGGAAAGGCGAAGCAAUGGUUUUAAUUGAAAAACAAAUUUUACAAAAAAUUAAUUCUAAAUUUGUGGUUAGUUUAGCAUAUGCGUAUGAGACAAAAGAUGCAUUGUGCUUAGUAUUAACUAUUAUGAAUGGUGGAGAUCUAAAAUUUCAUAUUUAUAAUAUGGGCUCUGAACCUGGUUUUGAUAUUCCAAGAGCUCGAUUUUAUGCUGCUGAGGUAUUAUGUGGAUUAGAGCAUUUGCAUGUUCAAGGCAUAGUAUAUAGGGAUUGCAAACCUGAAAAUAUACUUUUAGAUGAUGCAGGCCAUGUUCGCAUAUCUGAUCUUGGAUUAGCAAUGGAGAUACCUGAAGGUGAAUCAGUCAAAGGAAGAGUUGGUACUGUUGGUUAUAUGGCGCCAGAAGUAAUUGAUAAUGAAAAGUAUUCAUAUAGCACAGAUUGGUUUAGCUUUGGAUGUUUAGUAUUCGAGAUGAUUGAAGGUCAAGCUCCAUUUAGAGCUCGAAAGGAAAAAGUUAAACGUGAAGUAGUUGAUCGAAGAGUAAAAUUUGAAGAUGAAAAAUAUUCACAUAAAUUUACUGAAGAAGCAAAAUCUCUGUGUAAACAACUUUUGAUGAAGUCUUGUAAAACUAGACUAGGCUGUCAUUGUGGUCGUUAUGGUGCAAGGGAAGUGAAACAGCAAGAUUUUUUUAAAACCAUAAAUUGGAAGAGACUUGAAGCUGGUGUCGAGGACCCUCCAUUCAAACCAGAUCCUCAUGCUGUAUACGCCAAAGAUGUAUUGGAUAUUGAACAAUUUUCCACUGUUAAAGGAGUGAAUUUAGAUGCUACCGAUGAUACAUUUUAUACAAAAUUCAACACAGGUUCAGUUUCCAUACCAUGGCAAUAUGAAAUGAUUGAAACCGGUUGUUAUAAAGAACUUAAUGUAUUUGGGCCUAAUAAGUCAAGAUCACCUGAUUUAAUUUUAGAUCUAACGCCUGAACCUGAAAAGACUGGUUGUUUUCCAUUUAGUAGAAGAAAAACGCAAUCAGCUAGAUCAAAGCCAGUUCCUAUUAUGGAUUCUUGUUUUCUUAAUAAGCAAAAUAAAAUUACCGACGAAAUUCAAAGUUGAUGGAGUACAUUUACAUAGUUAAAGUGAUUUUAUGCAUUAUUGUUGAUUGCGAAAUCCUCUAGUUUUUUCCUCGCCUUAAUGUAUAAAUUUCAAAGUUUAACUAAAAUUUCUAAAUAACAGUUAAUUUGAUUUUCUUAUACAAACUAUAAGUAUCAAAUAAUUAGUUGACAAAUUAUAAAA